CUGAUAUACCGGGCCAAGUGACGUAUCUAAAUUCGGACAAUGUUCAUGGUUGAAAGGGAUAUAUAAAUCAUCAAAGAACGCGAACUUUCCAUUGAAUUCAGUCUAUCAUCACAAGAAAUUUUCUGCAUCUUCUACCACAUUACUAUCAGACAAAGAAUCCAAUCAGCCGCAAUGAACUUCUCACAAAUUCUUGUCGUCCUUGCGACCAUCGGUCUUGCCAGCGCUGUACCAGCCACUAGUGAUGCCUCACAGUGCACUACAUCCCAAGCCAACUCAUGCUGCACUAGCUUGACUAACGGCAUCUUGAAUGUGAACGUGCUUCCCGCACUUUGCGUUCCGCUUGUUGGAAAUUGCAACAACCAGGCUGCCUGCUGCACCACUAAUGGAAUUGGUCUUCUCAACUGCCUGACCGUCCAGGUCUAGUCGAGAUGAUGACUCGAUGCGUACAAAUGUAUCCGAUUGGAUAUGACCAUCAAGUAACAUGAGACCUACAUUGAACGUGGUUGGAACUUUUUCCUGCUUUUCAUUGCUUUGGAGGAUCUUACGAGCACGAUGCAUCGUUGUAUGGAUACACUCUUUUGACACAUAACUGGGCCCAGACCAAUAUUUGAAUAUAAGCUAUAUUCGUCAAAUCACCAUCCAGAAACGUCUACGUUCCGUUCAUAUGUAGAGUUUCCAGUGGGGAAAGAUUUAGAAUAGCCUUCGGCCAUAAUAUCACUGUCUUUCAAGUGUGGCCAGUAUCCACCUUUAACUCCUUGCUUACUAGCCAGCACCCAGUGUUCGGACAGGGUGGUUUGGUGCGCAUUAGACAGGGUCAUAUAAGGCUAAACAAUAAC